AUGCGAACCGGAGACCUCUGCUGUGGAAGCCAAUUCUACCAACCAGAAUGCCUCAACAACCAGAGACUGCCCCACCCUCAGGAAGACGAAGAAGUCCUGAGGGAUUACUUCGACCGGUACAACUUCGUUUGCCCGCCUUGCCUAGAAGACCUCCCGGAGAAUGUGGAAACCAACGGCAAGAUCACUGCAACCAAGCAUCCGAAUGUUGGCAAGAGGAGGGGACUGCGUCUGGCGCUCUAUGACCAUGAGAACGGCAAGUGGAGGACCGACUUUGCGAUGAAGACAGGGGAGGGGGAUAUGGAGGAAGACCAACCAUACCGGGUCGCAGGGAGGGACAUCGAAACCGUCAUGCUCCCGAGCCUAUACAAGGAGUAUACGGACAUCCCAUCCACCAUGUACACCCGUGUGCACGGCCUCUUCCCCCACCCGGUGCUGACCUCGCGAUUGAAGGCUCACAACCACAUGCAAGACUGGGAAAAGGAAUUGAUCUUGAAGCAAGCUGUCUUUGUUGUCAUUACCAACCUGGAGCCGCACUACGCGCAAUGUGCCAAGGCCCUCCGCAAAGAGCACGGCAUCCAAGAGACUCGCGAUGACCUAGAGGACCCAAAAGCACUGCUCCGCCAAGCCGCCUUCCCCCGCGUCGACCAGCCCAACUACAUUAUCCACGCAGGCCCCAACCUUCGGUGUAACGGGAACACACCCAUUUUGGCUUAG